UCCCGGGGCGUGCCCGUUUGGUGCCGUGUUCCGUGUGGAAAGUUUACCGGCUCGGGUGCAAAGUUUCAGCCGUCUGCAAACGGAGCUCGUCGGCAAACGCUUCUGGAAUAUACUGCCGGCGACCACGGUCCUUUUAUUCGGUGACUAGAAUUGGUUUGCCGGAUUGUUUUUCUUUUACCCGUGGCUGUCUUCAGAGCUAGCCGAGUGAUGCUGCCGUCGCUGGAUAACAGCGGUAUGUGAAGACGCUGUUAGCAUCGAUCGUAUUGUCUCGGGGAGCCAGUUAGCUUCAACCAUUAGCUUGGAGACGUGAAACCGGGGACCUAGUCUCGUUAAAUACACGGUUAUUUAACAUUAACUCGAAACUUGACUCGACAAAGGACUGUGAGGAAAGUUAAAAAUGGCUUGUGAGCCUAAUCGUGUCCGGCUGCUAUGUAUGCUCUCAUUGACUUUUGGGUUUUUCAUUGUGGAGGUGGUGGUCAGCCGGAUCACCUCCUCUCUGUCGAUGCUGUCGGACUCCUUUCACAUGCUGUCGGACGUCAUCGCUCUGGUGGUGGCUCUGGUGGCUGUGCGAUUCGCCGAGAAAACCCAUGCCACCAACAAAAACACCUUCGGCUGGAUCAGGGCGGAGGUGAUGGGGGCUCUGGUCAACGCCGUCUUCCUCACGGCGCUGUGCUUCACCAUCGUCCUGGAGGCUGUCGAGCGCUUCACCGAGCCCCAAGAGAUCGAUAACCCGAUCGUGGUCGCCGGGGUCGGUGCCGCGGGGCUCCUGGUCAACCUGCUCGGGCUCUGCUUGUUCCACGGGCACGCCGGCGGAGGCCACGGACACUCGCAUGGGGGUCACUCUCAUGGAAACAAGAACAAGAGGGGGAAAGCUUGCAAGUCCCAGAAGGCUGGGAACGGAUCCUCAGGAGAGGAGACCAACAACUUGGUGGGAAAUCACAACAGCCCGGGAGAAGCAAGACCGAGAAAUGAAAUCAGCUGUAAAGACAGCGCUGAGGUGCAGAUGAAUGGCAACACCCACUAUGAGGAGAUGGACCAUGACCACGACCACGACCCAUCUGGACAGCUCAACAUGCGCGGCGUCUUCCUGCAUGUGUUGGGUGAUGCCCUUGGCUCUGUCAUUGUGGUCGUCAAUGCUAUAAUAUUUACCUUUGUGUGGCAGCCCUGCAUAGACGGGGAGACAUGUCGGAACCCGUGUAUCAAUAGCCACAGCACAGACCACCAGCAUGUCAAUCACACGCUGGUCGACCUGAUGGAAGGUCCCACUAUGUCGGUCGUGAAGACCGCCGGCCCCUGCUGGGUCCUCUACCUGGAUCCCAUACUCUGCAUCAUCAUGGUGUGCAUCCUGCUGUAUACAACCUACCCACUGCUAAAAGAGUCGGCCCUCAUCCUGCUGCAGACUGUGCCCAAGCAGAUCAACAUGCACCGGCUCAACGAGCGCCUGCUAGGUCUGGAUGGCGUCCUGGCCAUCCACGAGCUGCACAUCUGGCAGCUGGCUGGCAGUCGCAUCAUCGCCACGGCGCACAUCAAGUGCCACGACCCCACAUCUUAUAUGGAGGUGGCCAAGCGCAUCAAGGACUUCUUCCACGACGAGGGCAUCCACGCCACCACCAUUCAGCCCGAGUUCGUCACGUUCAACUCGGAGUCCCGGGACUCCCUCUGUGAGCUCUCCUGUCGGACUCAGUGUGCUCCCAAGCUGUGCUGCGGCUCUGCCGACAAACCGAACACAGGCUCUGAUAAGAAGGCCAGCAGUGACUGCAAGGCUGGCGCCACCGCUUCAGCCCUGGAGGCGAUCAGCGAGACCCCAGAGCAGGCCGCAGGCGUUCAGGUGCGCCCUCGGUCAGAGGCUGAGGUUACCAUCACUAGAGAGGUGGAGUCGUCUCUGUGAGAUGGAGGGGACAGAGAGAAACAGAGGAGAAGCUGGAAAAGGCUAAAAUCAUCAUUGAUCUGUGGCUCUGACAAGAAAUGGUUUUCCCUAGCUUUUAUUCUGUCACUGCCCGCUGUCAUUGCUGAAAAAUACUCCCAAAAACCCCUGUGUGUUGAUGCGUUCGAGCCAUUUCUUUUCACCUUUCCUUUCUCUGUAUACCUGUUUUCACCCCCUUCCUCCUGCCCUCCCUCCCAGCCCCUCCUCUGUUACUCAGCCCCUCUCUUGUUGCCCUGGCAGUAUGGUGGCGAUGCAUGUUGGGGUUCACUGACCUUAUCUCCUCCAGGACUGGAGCGAGGCCUGCAUGAGUGUCCCUCAUUAGCACCGUGUUGUGAUGUGUCAUCUCGUCCCAUGGUGUUUCUGUGCCAAAGCUUCUCACUGCAGGACUGAGGGACCUGAGAGACGUCCUUUCCUCCAAAAGGACACACACAACACAUGCAAGUCAGCGCACACAUCACUAGAUUAUGUUGUUUAGCCUUUGGACCUGUUGGCAAAGAGUCUACCUUUUUUUUUUCCAUGUAGGCUUUGAGCAGAUCUAUUUUCUUACCCUCUGGCCCCAAAUGGAGUAUUGUAUUGCAUAAUAAUUUAAAUAUUUUAAGUUAUUAGAAAUUAUCUAUUUCUCACUGUAGAUGCUGUUUGUAAUAUUUAGUUUGGAUGAUAGAAACAUUUUUUUGCAAUUUUUCUGUCUCAGAUUUUUUGACAGACCAUCUAUGCUGUAGUCAGUUUUUUCAAAUGUGACAUUUUAUAAUGAUUUUGUUUCAAGACAUUUCUCUGGCCUUGACUCAUUUUUACUUGCAGUCAUUAGUUGGAUACAGAAGCCGUAUCAACACCUCUGUCACCUUGCCUUUUUAAAUACAAAAACCUGCUGUGGACAUAGCACUGAGUACGGUAGACACGGUGUAACUGAACCUCUUGCGUUGGCACAGUCACCUAAUUAAAUGUUCAUUCAUAAAUUUGAUGCCUUGCAAGCCAGAGGGUUGGAUCUGUUGUGAAGAAAUGAGCACUGUAUGCCAUUAAUGAAACAUCAUUCUCUGUAUGAAUCUGUACUGGAAAGCUUUCUGAUGAUGGCUGUUGAUUCUCAUUCAAAAUGCUCAUGAAUGUGUUCGGCACCGUGUCACAAUCCAUGCUGUGGGAGUUUUUAUCGUUCUAGGACGUUCUACUAUGUUUGCAUGACCAAACUGAGACCUGGUGUUCGACUUUCAGGAGCUCCACUAAAAGCUCCAGUUGCUGCUUACCAGUACUGUCUGGUAUCCCCCAACAUUACUCAUAACUGUGUAGGGAAUGACUCAUCUUAUAGCUUUCAGUCCUCUGCUUUGGACUGCAGCUGAGCAGGCUGUGUGCUGAAUUGAAGUCCAUAUGGUGGCCUUUGAAAUUGAUUAAUUUUCCCUCAUCACCUCAGAUAUCAUUUAACUGGUGAUCCAUUGAUGUGUUUCUGAUUUCCACUCCUGAGUAAAUGUGUAUGCAAUAUAGAAUUUUGUGCUGGGAAAUGUAUUUUGACGCGUUCCUUCAUUUGUAAUGUUCGGUCACUUUUAUUCUGUGUCUUUUAAGACUUGAGCUCUAUGUGCAAAUUGACAACAAAAGUGUUUUUUAAUUUUAGAUAUGACAUGUCAACUGAUGUGUUUUUGAUAUCCUAUAUAUCUACAGUACCUGUCCAAUGUGUCAUUGUGAAAUAAUAAAAAAAAGAUAUGGCUGUUUGGUACAGUUGAUGAACCCAAA